CACCAAACGAGAAACCCAUAUAUAUAGAUGUUCUCUAAUGAAAGUCUUGAUAAUUUAUUUCAAAAGAGAAACCUAGUUGACUUUUAUUGUGUUGUGCUUCAUUUCUCCCCAAUAAAUAGAAAAAAAAUUAGACAUAGUUUGAUCUGCAUGAUCCGUACAAUGUCUCUCAUAGCUUAUGCAAUAUUCAUAUGCUCUAUCAUGCUUGCGAAUAUCGAAGCCGAUAAUUCCAAACAACCGCUCCCACCAUUCUCUUGCGACUCCGAAAAUCCAUCCACAAAGUCAUUCCCAUUCUGCAACGUCGAUUUGCCGUUACACGAGCGGGCCUACGACUUGGUUUCCCGACUCUCGUUGGACGAGAAAAUCUCGCAGCUGGUCAACACCGCACCGGCCAUCCCACGGCUAGGAAUCCCCGACUACCAGUGGUGGUCGGAGGCACUGCAUGGAGUUGCAGGGUCCAUGGUAGCGGCCUCCGGCAUCACGUUCGGCGGGAGUAUCCAGGCGGCAACUAGUUUUCCACAAGUUAUACUUACUGCAGCUACAUUCGAUGAGAAACUUUGGUAUCGAAUUGCCAAGGCAAUAGGAACAGAAGCUAGAGCUAUAUACAAUGAAGGGGAGGCACAAGGCAUGACAUUUUGGUCGCCGAACGUAAAUAUUUUCCGAGAUCCGAGGUGGGGAAGGGGGCAAGAGACACCUGGCGAAGACCCUUUUAUGACAAGCAAAUACGCCGUCUCGUUUGUUCGCGGAAUCCAAGGGGACAGCUUCGAAGGCGGCCAACUCAAAGACGGCCGUCUUUUAGCCUCCGCAUGUUGCAAGCACUUCACUGCCUAUGAUUUGGAGAGUUGGAACGGGAAUAGUCGUUUUACGUUCGACGCUCGUGUGACAGAGCAGGACAUGGCAGAUACGUAUCAACCGCCUUUCAAAACAUGUGUGAAAGAUGGUCGGGCGAGCGGGAUUAUGUGUGCUUAUAACUCUGUAAACGGCGUUCCGAAUUGUGCUGAUUACGAUCUAUUAACGAAAACUGCUCGUGGCGAAUGGGGAUUCCAAGGGUAUGUAGUAUCAGAUGAUCAAGCGGUCACGCAUCUAUUCGAGAUGCAAAAAUACUCAAAAUCACCCGAAGACGCUGUGGCAGAUGUGCUUAAAGCAGGAUUGGAUGUCGAAUGCGGCGACUAUUUGGCGAAUCACGCAAAAUCAGCAGUCGAAAAGGGGAAAGUGUCGAAAUCUGAUAUAGACAGAGCCCUUCAUAACAGCUUCACAAUCAGGAUGAGAUUAGGACUUUUCAACGGAAAUCCAAGUAAACAUGUAUACGGGAACCUAAGCCGUAACGACGUAUGUAGUCCCGAGCAUCAAGAUUUAGCCGUUGAAGUUGCUCGUGAUGGCAUUGUCCUUUUAAAGAACUCUGCAAAUCUACUUCCACUAUCAAAGUCGAAAACAAAGUCUCUUGCAGUAAUAGGCCCCAAUUCCAAUGUAUCGGAAACACUCUUAGGAAGCUACGCGGGCCCCCCAUGCAAGACAAUUACUCCACUACAAGGACUAAUGAAUUAUGUCGAGAGAAUCGAAUUCCAUCAGGGCUGCGAAACCGUCAACUGCACCUCAAUUGCCUCACGAGAAACGAUGAGACUUGCCAGAUCAGCAGAUUACGUUGUACUCGUAAUGGGAAUCAAUCAAGAUUUUGAGCGCGAAGAUUUGGAUCGAGAAGACUUGGUACUUCCAGGUCAGCAACAGAGUCUUAUCAUGAGUGUUGCAAAGGCAGCUAAAAAUCCGGUUAUAUUAGUAUUGCUUUGUGGAGGUCCCGUUGAUAUUUCGUUUGCGAAAAAUAACCCCAAGAUCGGAGGUAUUUUGUGGGCUGGAUAUCCCGGUGGAGCAGGGGGGAAAGCAAUUGCAGAGAUCAUAUUUGGUGACCACAAUCCAGGAGGAAGGUUACCUGUAACUUGGUAUCCGAAAGAUUUCAACAAAAUACCAAUGACUGAUAUGAGAAUGAGGCCCGAUCCUUCAUCAGGCUAUCCGGGACGAACUUAUAGAUUUUACCAAGGCGAAAAAGUUUAUGAAUUUGGCUAUGGUCUUAGCUACUCAAACUAUUCUUACAAAUUUGUCUCCGUCGGUCAAAGCAAGCUCGACGUGAAGCUUGAAAACUCGGGGGAUAUUUCAGUUUCAGAUAUUGGUUACGAAACAUGUGAGAAGGCAAAGUAUUCGGUUAUUGUUAGUGUUGAAAAUGAAGGGGAUAUGGUUGGCAAGAACCCGGUUCUACUAUUUGCAAAGCGCGACGAAGUUGUUAAGGGUAGUCCCGUGAAACAGUUGGUCGGAUUUCAACCGGUUAGAUUGAAUGCAAAGGAAAAGGAUAAUGUUGAAUUUGAAGUAAAUCCAUGUGAGCAUUUGAGCAGAGCUAGUGAAGAUGGAACUAUGGUUAUUGAAUCAGGGGCCUAUCAUUUAAUUGUAGGAGAUCAAGUGUAUCGUAUGCAUUCACCGCGUAUGUUUGACAGCAAAUUGUCUCAAUUGAUUUGAAUUAUUAUAUUCUUUUUUAUUCAUU